UCAGACAAUUCAGUUAUUUACUGUUCAUAGUUGGACAUUCCGAUAGUUCUCAAUGUUCUCAUUCCAUAGAGAAAACCAAUCAUAGAUUUAUUAUGUCAAAUGUCAUAAAUCGAAAUGAUUUACACAAUAUUUAUUUUUUCAUUAACUAGUUUAAAUGAAAAAAUAAUUUAUCAUUGAAUGUUGAUUUUUAAUGAACAGAUAGAAGAAACAUAUUGAUAGAAUCAUAGAAAUGAUCUGAUUAUUAUUUAAUUAAUUGAAUUAGUAUAUUAUUGUAUUUGUGAUGGAGGAACAGAAUAUGGAUAUCAAUAUUGAUACAAACAAUCGAGAACAAAUUAUUCGCGAUCAAACAGUCAUGCUUGGUAAUGUUGAAUUUCAAAGUGAAAUUGAUUCUGGGACAUCUACACCUAAACUUGAUCCUUUUCAAAGCACCCAAUCAAAUUCUAACACAAUUAUUGACUCUUCACUAACUAUUACACCUGAAAGUCAACGGCAAAGUGUAAUAACAGUUUUACCAUGGGGAGCACACAAAGAACGUUCACCAUUCCCAAAUGUAGACACAGACAUCAAGCCAGGAGAGUAUGUUAUGCGUACAUUAUUUGCAGACUUUACAGUACAGGCUGAACGAAAAAUGGAGGAGGUAAUGACUGAGCCAGAAAAACCAUUGAUGAAGAUUUUGCAACGUGGUGAAGAUGCACAAUUUGAUCAGUUAUUGAUUGCUUUUGGUUCAGUUGCUGAACAUUGUUUGCCUUCAAUACUGAAAGCUCUUUUUGCUUGGUAUGAUCGACAAAUUGGUAUACUAGAUAUCAAUGCUACAGAUUCAAAGAAAAUUGAACUUAAAGGCAAAAAUGACAUUAUUGAUACUAAAGAAGUAGAAGUAAUGGGAGAGCGGAAAGAUCUGGCGGUCGAGUUUAUAUUUUGCUUAGCAUUGAUAGAAGUAUUAAAACAAUUACCAUUUCAUCCCGGGCAUGAAGAUUUAGUCACUUAUAUUGAGAAUUUAUGCUUCAAACAUUUUAAAUAUCGUGAAGGGGCACAAAACUGUCCCAAUGCACCAAAUAUACACAUGGUGGCUGAUUUAUAUGCAGAAGUUUUAGGAGUUUUAGCUCAAUCUAGGUUUUUGUCUGUCAGAAAAAGGUUUAUGGCUGAGUUAAAGGAAUUAAGAGCUAAAGAACCAUCACCACAUGUCAUACAGGCUAUUAUUUCAUUACUAAUGGGAAUGAAAUUUUUUAGAAUUAAGAUGGUUCCAAUUGAAGAUUUUGAGGCUUCAUUUCAGUUUAUGCAAGAGUGUGCUCAGUAUUUUCUUGAAGUCAAAGAUAAAGAUAUUAAACAUUCAAUGGCAGGAUUAUUUGUUGAAAUUUUAUUACCUAUGGCUGGUAUUGUUAAAAAUGAAGUAAAUGUUCCUUGUUUGAAAAAUUUUGUGGAAUCACUUUAUUCAACAACUUUAGAUAUGUGUACCAAAUCAAAACACAGACUAUCAUUGUUUCCAUUAGUAACUUGUUUGCUAUGUGUUAGUCAAAAAAUUUUUUUCCUACAAAAUUGGCAUUAUUUUUUGGCAAUGUGUUUAUCAAAUUUAAAAAAUAGAGAUACAAACAUGUCAAGAGUUGCUUUAGAGGCACUUUAUCGUUUGCUAUGGGUAUACAUGGUGAGAAUAAAAUGUGAAAGUAACUCUGCUACUCAGUCUCGCUUACAAAGUAUUGUACAUUCUUUAUUCCCUAAAGGAUCAAAAGCUGUUGUACCACGUGAUACACCUUUAAACAUAUUUGUUAAAAUCAUUCAAUUUAUUGCUCAGGAACGGUUAGACUUUGCUAUGCGUGAAAUAGUAUAUGAUUUGCUAAGUGUAGGACGACCAAUUAAAUUAAUACUUACACCAGAACGAAUGAGUAUUGGUCUCAGAGCUUUUCUCGUUGUGGCAGAUAGUCUUGAACAAAAAGAAGGUGAACCACCAAUGCCAGGUACAUCUGGAGUAUUGCCAUCUGGUAGUACACUCCGGGUGAAAAAAACUUUUUUGAAUAAGAUGCUAACUGAGGAUACAGCAAGAAACAUUGGUAUUCAUUCUUAUUUUCCAAACGUACGACGAGUGUUUGUUGAAAUUUUAAGAGCAUUGGAUACUCAUUAUGGCAGACCUUUGAUGAUGACUAGUACACAAAAUAUGAAUAAAGAACCUGAUGAGAUGAUAACUGGUGAAAGAAAACCACGUAUUGAUCUAUUUCGAACAUGUGUUGCGGCUGUUCCACGUUUAAUACCUGAGACUAUGACUGGUGCUGAAUUAGUAGAUAUGUUGUCUCGUUUAACUGUGCAUAUGGAUGAAGAACUCCGGGCUUUAGCAUAUCAGAGUCUUCAAACUUUGAUUAUUGAUUUCCCAGAAUGGCGACAUGAAGUAAUUACUAGUUUUACACAAUUUUUGGCCCGUGAUGUGCAAGACACAUUCCCGCAAUUAAUCGAUAAUGGCUUGCGAAUGUUAUUGCAACUAUUAACUUGUUGGAAAAAUAGUAUUACACCAGGAUUGAUAAAAAAUCAAACGGAAAAAAAUAAAAAAAUAGAUUUAACUAAUAACCAACAAAAAUUUAAAAAAGUUGAUUUUUCUCAAGCAGAAGCCUUAGCAUUAGUAAUGUUAUGCAAUUGCCGACCCAGUCCCCGCCGUUUAUCAGCACACAUACUUCGUGAAAUAAAAUCUCUAGUGAAGAUAUUAGAUAAUAUAAAAGAUAUACUGCCAGUUAUUGAUGUUAUUGAUAAAGCUUGUCCUCAGUUAAUUGAAAGAUGUCUUCCUAUGUUGCCUUCAGCAGAAAAAUUAGCAGCAAUGACUGCAUCUGCAGCAAAUUCAAUUGAUUUACAAUGGAUUGUUGAUCGCAAUGCUCCUAUAUGGACAGCAGGAAUUCAAGACGAUAUUAAUUCUACUAAAACUGCUUCAUCAUUAAGCUUAUUGGGUGGAACUGGAAAUAGUGAUCCUUGGGGAACAAUACUUUUUGGUAUUUUGUCUCCAAAUGUUCUCAUAAAUCAAUGCCCUUCUGUUAUUGCUCAGGCUUGGUUAUUAGUAUUUUCUAGAGUUCAUAAUCUUUUUACAGUAAUUGACCCCACACCAGUUAGUGAUAAUAGAGCUUCAUUAUUAAGGAGCUCAGCUCCUCCAAGGAAGCCUUUAACAGAACGUGAUCAAUACUUAACUCUUUGGCGAUAUUAUACAAUGUUUGCUAUGCGAGUUGUACCUCUUGCUCCAAAUCCAGUUGUACGUUGUGCUUCACCUGAUUUAAGCUUAAGUUCUUCUCCAGACAGUUUAACAAUUGGUGAACGAAAUGAUAGCAAAAGUGUUACACCAACAGCAUUGUAUAAAUUAAUUGCACCAUUAUUAAGAUGUGAAGUAGCUGAUGUUAGAGAUGCUGCUAUUUAUGCCAUGGGAACAAUAAAUCCUGAAGCAUUAAAAGAUCUUAUGGAAGAAUUAAUUUCUUUUAUAAAAGAAGCUGUGGAUAGAAAACAAGAAAAUAUGAGACGACGUAGACGUAGAGAUGCAUUGCGUUUACAGUUAGUUAAGGUUUUUGAACUUAUUGCAGGAUAUGGAACAUUUGGUUGCAGUUCAUUUGUUCUAGAUAGAGAUACAUAUUCGCUUCACCCAACAAUUGAAGAAUAUGUUGAUGGAGCUAGAAUAUGUCUAGAAUUGGAAUCAGAAAAAGAUAGUCUUAGAGAAAUAAAACUGUAUUUUUGUAGAUUUGUUAUGAAGAUGAUAAAAAGUUUUGAACUUGAAACAUACCGUACACUGUUAAAACGAGAAUUACGCCAAAACUUAUUUACUCUAUUUUGUAAUUGGGCUGAACAUUGGGCAUCAUCUGCUAUUUCAACUAGUUUACUGACCAUAGAUUUAAUUAAAGAUGAUUUGCAAAUGGCAUCCUUGCAAGCAGCUUGUGCAGUCCUUACAUGUGGCCCAUGUUUCAAUCAUACUUUGGCUGAACCUGAUGGAUCCUUGUAUACUUGGAUAGAUGUUUUAUUAGCACAUCCUGAUAAACGAGUUCAUCAAUUAGCCUUAGAAACAGUUGUUUUGCUGUUAGAUUGUAAUCCAGACAUGGGAGCACUUCUAGAUUGGGUCGUAGAUAGAUGUUAUACAGCUGUGCCAUCAGUAGCAGAUGCAUGCUUUCAUGCACUUGGAGUGAUAUUCAGCACUAGGGAAUAUCCAUGUGAUCAUUAUACAGCAAUUAUUAAUGUUACACUUAUGAAUACCGGUUGUCCUCGGUCUUCUGUACGAGAUACUGCUUUACAAUUAUUACAAGUUUUAGAUAAGAGGUUUUUUGGAUCUGGAUGUGUUGAACUUUUACCACCAAUUUUACCAUCCGAAUCUCCAGUUACUGCACGUGAUGGACGAGAGAAGCACGAAUCUUUUGACAAUGAAAAAAACACGGAGAUUGUUGAUGUUCUUUUGUGUUCUACGUUUUGCCAAUCGCAGUUCAAUUUGUCACAACAGCUUGCUCAAAUACAUCCAGAACUAACAAUGCCAAUGUUUUCAGAAAUAACGUGUAGAUUCCAAACAGCAAGACCGGAAGUUCGUCAGUUGCUUUUGCAUUAUUUAGUUCCUUGGUUACACAAUAUGGAAUUAGUGGAUCCAAACGUACCUCCUCCAAAUCCGUUAUCAUAUUUUCAGUAUUAUCCAGCCGAAGAAGGUCAAGAAAAUUCGUGUCGUCGAGAAGGAUGGGGAUCUGUGGAAGCCACCGAAAUGGUUUUAAAUAAUUUGUUUUACAUCACAGCCAAGUUUGCUGAUGAACACCCUAAAGAUAUCGAAGACGUGUGGUCAACGCUGUGUAUAUGUUGGCCGAAUAAUUUAAAAGUUAUAAUUCGAUAUUUGGUCAUUAUUAGUGGCAUGGCUCCCCAUGAGCUUUUACCAUUCGCAAAACGCGUUACGUUAUAUCUAGCCCGGUCCAGGCCAGACAGGCUGCUGGACGAAAUGAUGACCGAACUUCAGACCGUGGAGACGCUCAACUGCCUGAUUGAGCGGAUGGAGACGCCGCCGUUCUACCGGUUGACCAGCAUGAGGAAGACGUCUGGCAUGGGAACAUGCUCGAACAACACGGCGACGACGGCUAACGGCGGUUUGGGCACCGGCUCAGGAGGCAGCGGCGGUGUCGGUAGUGCCGUCGACAUGGCGUCAACAAACGUCAACGAGAACGAGACAGAGCACACUACGUCAUACGCUUCCGCUGGUAUGAUACACACGAAGAGGCACAGUGGCGACGACCCUUCCAAAAUCGGAUCUUGUAAAUCGGAUUCUACAGUUAAAUCCAUUUCUAGAUUCCCUACAAAUCGCAUGAGUUCUAAAUGGCAACGAAUAAUUGGGGCUCAGUCAACACUGCAAGAUGAAAUGCAAAGUCCUGUAGAAGAUUCCGAAAUGAAUUAUGACAGAUUAUCUCCCAAUUACGGUGAUUUUCCUCAACCUCAUCCAUUACCUAUGCCCGAAUAUGGAGGAUAUUUUGCUCCUUUAAAAGAAUAUUUGCCGACUAAUAUUCCGUCAAGCAGUGGUUUUCACAGAUGCAAUAUUGCUGUCAUGUUACUAAAAGAUUUACCAUCCGACUCGCUAGACAUUGACUGGUCCAUUCAUAUGCCUUUGAUGUUGCAUAUCGCAUUGUUAGGCAUGGACCACAGUCGUUCAUUAGUACAUCAACACUGCAAACAAUUGUUAUUGAACUUGUUGCUAGUCUUAGCCAACAACUCGGAUCAACUAACCAUCGCUCAAGUCCUUUUGAAUCGUGAUACAAUUCACCUAAGUCUUGGGUUGCCAACUCCGCCAGUACCUGUCACCCAACAUAAUUUUACAGAAGCCAAUGAAUCGUUUGAUAGUUAUUUACAAACACCGAUUGGAACCAGUUACUCACAAUCCACUAGUCUGGUUGUCCUACCUUCUCCUUGUGAAGACGAUGCUUCGACAGUGAUAUUAGGAAUGGAUCAACUCAAUCCACCAACCCCAAAUGUAACCAUUAAAGAAAUCGUUAAAUCCCUCAUAGAUUUUAUUUCUUCUAGAGGAGAACAACCUCUCUGGCACUAUGAAGAUAUAACGGCCAAAGUUUGGUCUAUUCGCAGUGGUGAACAAUUAGACGUAUUUCUUCAGCACGUUCUUAGAGUAUUUCACGAAUUUUUACCUCAUGCUUUAAUAAGCGAGCGAUGGGCACAAACUGCAAUUCAGUUGGGACUUUCCUGUUCAUCGAGACAUUACGCUGGACGGUCAUUACAAAUUUUUAGAGCUUUACGUAUACCAAUUACUAGCCGAAUGCUUUCGGAAAUACUAUCGAGAUUAAUCGAAACCGUCGCUGAACAGGGUGAAGAUAUGCAGGGUUACGUGACAGAGUUGCUGUUGACCUUGGAAGCGGCCGUGGACUCGUUGGAGACGGACUUCCGGCCUCUGGAUAUGACCAGAGACAUUUUCAAGUCCACUCCGAAUCUGAACAACAAGGACGCUAACUCGAUGGUGGAAGGCGGCGGUGGAGGCGUCGCCGGUGGAGCUGCCAGCGGAAGCAAACUACAGCGGUCGGUCGCGCAAAAAGCUCCGAUCAAUCGACGCGUGCCGCCCACGUGCUUCAAUCAGGCAUCGCACUUCCGGAGCACCAGUUACUCCGUAUCCCAUUAUUCCCGGAGAGCUGUCCCGUAUUCGCAGUCCUCAACGGCGGCUGCUGGGUCUGAUGUGACCGUCAAGGACGACGGUCGCAGUGGCAACGGCGGAGUUGGUAAUGGCGGCAAUAGCGGAGGCGGCUGCAAAUCCAACAACUGCGCGGCCACUCAACAGAACCUUAAGCUUCUCGGCGAUUCGGCCACGCAGGACGACAAACUAACGGUGCUUGGUCAACUGUUCUGGCUAGCGGUAUCGCUGCUCGAGUCCGAUUACGAACACGAGUUCCUGCUCGCGUGUCGGCUAUUGUCGCGGGUCCUCAGGAGAUUGCCGCUCGACCGGCCUGACACCCGAGACAAAGUAGACAAACUGGCCGUCCAGUUGCGGACGCCAUCGUUCCCGGGCGUGCACGCGCUCCUUCUCAAGGGGUGCACCAACCCGGUGACCUACGAACACGUGGUGCCGCUCCUGUCGCAGCUGACGCCCCUGCUCGACCUGUUGGUGGUCGAUCCAUCCGAAAGUUUGGCGUUUCCCAUGAAUGUCGUCGCGCUCCUACCGUACAUGCUGUUGCAUUAUGAAGACGCUAACGAGUUAUGCAUAAUGAGCGCUGAAAAUAUUGCUCAAUUGUGUACGAAUAAAAGUAUGAAAUUGGAGAAUUUGGCGACGGUUAUGACACUGUAUAGCCGACGUACAUUUAGUAAAGAAAGUUUUCAGUGGACCAAAUGCGUUGUUAAAUAUUUGUAUGACGCGUAUUCUCACUUAAGUCACAACAUGCUUGCAUUUCUAGUGGAAGUGCUAGAGAGAGGACCAUAUAUCAUUCAACUACCAGUGUUGAACAUCAUUCAUUGUAUGCUGCACUAUGUAGACUUGUCGUCUACCUCUUCGCAGCCCUUUAACGCCGAUCUUCUAAGAGUAAUCGCUAAAUACAUCGAGGGUGUUAACUAUAAAGAAGCUUUGAAAAUAUUAAAAUUGGUUGUGACCCGUUCAUCUACGUUGGUCGCUCCUCCAACCUCCACUCAUUACAUUUAUUGGGACUCGCACGCCACUGCUUCGCAUUACUCUUUUUCUGACAUCGAUGUAUUCAUGAAAAAAGAAUUGCCAGGAAGGACCAUGGAUUUCACGUUUGAUAUGUCCCAAACGCCUCUGAUCGGUCGCAAGGUGGCGGUAAGUGCUACACUGGAUUUGGAAUCGGCCAACUCCAAUAGUGUAUUACUGCAACAAAGACGGUCCACUUCAUUAUCACCUUCCGACUCCGCGGUUCCCGGAUGGAAGAGACCUUGGUUAUGUCAAAGCCGAGUUCGAGAAUUAUUGGUUAGUUUGUUGAUGAGCUGUGGGCAACGAGUUGGGUUGCCGAAGAGCCCUUCGGACGAUUUAAACGCACUGAACAAGGUGAUAUUUAGCCAAAGUUCCGAGUUGCUCGAACGCCAUUCAAGUAGAGCUAGCAGCACCGAAGAAGUUUCUGCUCCGGACGUAUCCAUACCCAGCGAUUCACGAAAAGAACGCGAAGACAAUGCUGAUCACUUCGGUACGGUCUUCAAAGACUUCGAUUUCCUCGAAUAUGAAAGCGAAAGCGUCGAGGGUGAAAGUACGGACAAUUUCAACUGGGGUGUGAGAAGACUACCAUUAGGCGGCAACGAUCUGACGACCACAACUGCGCCAGGUGGUGUUGCAGCCACGUACGUGACGGGCGCGGACGGCAUAUGUCAAGUGGAAGAGAGCGUCAGCGAGCAGACUCCGAUGCUGAAUGUGAAAAAGGGCAAUGACGAAUCAUCGGACGACGAACUAGGUUCCGUUUCACCUCUGGACGAGAUAGCAGCGUGCAACGCGCAGCUUGAACCGGAUAACGCGUCCUGUGACGGCCACCGUGACCGCACCGAUUCAAUAACGCGUUCCGACACGUCUGGUUCGAGUAUCGGCGAUCUGGGCGACUUGACGCCGUGCAACGCCUCACCAAACUUGAACGCGCUCAUGUCGUUCCAACGAGACGAUACCGAAGAAUGUUGGAGGUCCACCAUCAAAUCACUGUUGGACCAAAAGCCAUCCAAUGCUCUACAUAUGUUCCACAUACUUCACAGAGUAGUUAAGGACAUUAUUAGGAAAUGCGUUCUGCUGACCCGCGAGGCUUGCGUGACACUAAACGAGUAUGUAGAAGAAGAUCCGGCGACGACAGGCUGUUGCGCCCAGAGCCAUGUCAACUGCCGACAGAUGCUUACCCACCUUAACUCAGCCAUCAUAGUAUUGACUACCCACGCUGACCCACCGCUCGUGUGGUUCUCGCCGACUGCACUGAAGAUGGAUGGUGCGUUACGGUUUCCGAUGCUCCAGAUACGGGAGCACAUAGACACGUUGUUGGAUCGUAAAGAUCAGACUUCCGAAUGUCUGUUUUCCGUACGGACCACGCUUAAAGUGUGCAAACUUGGCGAACGCAUGCCGGAAGGAUCGAGCACGAGCAGUGGCGGUGGUGGCGGAGCAGGUGGUGGCGGCGAAAGCGGUGCUGGCGGUAGUUGUUAUUCAAAUGAAGAGUCAAUAUUGGAUUUAGGCAAAGCUCUAUACAAACUGCACUUGCAAUUGCUGCUGCUCUUGGAAGCAGCCGCAAAAAUGUACAUUGCACUGUCCGUCUCAGCCACCGACAAUAAACUGCAAAACUUGUCGGCCGAAGUGAGUACCGUAAGAAGAGCACUGCUGCGUGCCAAAGAAGAGAGCGGCACACACCCGCUGGCGCCAACGCCCGAAGAGAGCUUGGUGCAGAUACUCCAAGAGUCAGACUGGCCUAACGCUUUGACGUACGCCAAACAGAAUAAGAGUCGUUGGCUCGAUGAACUUAUAUCGACCGGAACGGAUGACGACGACGAUGAUAUCACCAGCAUAUUGAGCGUAUAUUGUCAUCUUUUGAUCGAAAAACACUCGGAUGGAUUCAUCGUUACCGAAGAAGAUUUGGUGAGCGUCACGAACGGACUGAUGACCGAACUCUUUCCAAUGUUGGAAGCGUUAAACUGCAUCGAAUCUCGUGUCAAAGGGCUACCAAAGACGUCGAACUACCCUCAAAACUAACUAAUAAUAUUUUAUGUCUGAUAUUAUAUAUAUUUGUGAAUUGUGUUAAUGAUUUAUAUAGCCAUAAGAAGUUUUAACGCACCAAUUUUUUAUCAUUUUAAAGUCUACAGGACAAAAUAUUACAUUUUUAUUAUUACUAUAUUAUAAUCUCUUAAUUAUUAUAUUAUCUCAUUUAUUUAAAUAAAAUUAUAUAAGUUACACAUAAAAUAAUAAAAUAAAUUAUUGUAUGCAAAAAUAUAUGUUGAACAAAUGAAACGCUCAUA